AAAGAGGCAUGGCCUAUCACAUCAUCAGUAUUUUAUCAGCUCUGAAAAUUGGCUUCACUUCCCUCACAGUAGAUGAGUUUCCUCUCUUUUGCCACAAAUAUUUAAUACAAUUAAAAACCUGGGGUAGAUACAACUCCAAGUGAACUGGUACCCAGUGCCCAUGAGCCAUGACAGUUCCAUUACCUCAGAUUUGUUAGCUAUACCUUCCCACUCCAAUCUUUACAUAUCGAGUUUAGAAUGAGCCAGUGUACCACCAUUUGUGCCAUCAUUUAUGGCUAAAUUUUUUUACAGAAUAUGUCUUCUGGAAGAAUUGUGUAAGUUUAAAAAUAAUGACAACUCUAAAAGUCAAACAACAAAGAAAAUCCUUAUGCCCACACUUGAACUGCAGAAAGGAUCCUCAAGGUGGUUGACCAGAUUGAUACCCUGACCUCUGACCUACAGCUGGAGGAUGAAAUGACAGACAGCUCCAAAACAGACACACUGAAUAGUAGCUCCAGCGGCACCACGGCCUCCAGCAUAGAGAAGAUCAAAGUGCAGGCUAACGCACCGCUUAUUAAACCUCCAGCGCACCCAUCUGCUAUCCUCACAGUCCUGAGAAAGCCAAACCCUCCACCACCUCCUCCACGGUUGACACCUGUGAAGUAUGAAGACCCUCAAAGGGUGGUGCCAACUGGCAAUCCUGUCAAGACCAAUGGCACCCUUCUACGGAAUGGAGGCUUACCAGGUGGACCCAAGAAAAUUCCAAAUGGAGAUAUCUGCUGCAUACCCAAUAGUAACUUGGACAAGGCUCCAGUGCCGCCUCUGAUGCACAGACCUGAAAAAGACAGGUGUCCCCAGGCAGGGCCUCGGGAACGAGUACGGUUCAAUGAAAAAGUGCAGUACCAUGGCUAUUGUCCUGACUGUGAUACCCGGUAUAACAUAAAAAACAGGGAGAUCCACUUACACAGUGAACCUAUCCACCCACCAGGAAAGAUUCCUCUCCAAGGCCCUCCCCUCCCUCCUCCACCCCAUCUUCCUCCUUUCCCCCUAGAAAAUGGGGGACUGGGAAUAAGCCACAGUAACAGCUUCCCCCCUCUCAGACCUGCAACUGUGCCUCCUCCCACUGCACCAAAACCACAGAAGACCAUCUUGAGGAAAUCAACCACUACAACAGUGUGAUGUAUGCCAUUUAAAAAACUUUUUGGUUUUAUUUUUAUUUUCUAUAUUAUAAGCAUAAAAUAAUAAGUAAUGAGCACUUUCUACUCAAGCAAUAAAAAGCCCAAAUAAACUAACCCUGCAUUCAACAAAGUGGCAUAAAAAACACCUGGUAAGUAUUCAGUGCAUUGCUUAUGUCCUGAGUUCACAUUAUUUUAAAUGCACAUCAUCAAAAACUGCAGAACAAUGAAACCUUUGAAUGCAUUGUUUUUGCACUUGACCUAUGACAAACUGUGACCUUCAGAUUUCAAAUAUUUUGAUUUAUAAUGAGAGAUGGGAUUUCAAAUAUUUUGAUUUAUUAAUAAACCCACAGUGUGAUCCAUUUUAUUCCUGCCUAACUCAUCUAUGCAUUAAAACAUGUCACACUCUUAACUUUGAUCUAAUGCUUUUUAAUAAGAAAUUUUAAUACAGAAGGACUAUUUUGUUAAUUUUUCUAAAGAUGUUUGUCACUAGUUUUGCAUUAUUAAAUGCUGAGGAUAAUACCAAAAGUUUAUUUUCUAUGCUAUACAAUUACUAAUUAAAUGUUCAGCUACAUAUGUAAUAAAAUAUUUUGGUCUGUGGAAAUGAAUAUCAAUAAAUAAUAGUAAAUAAUGACAAAACCAAGUGUUCCUCAGAAUUAAAAUGAAGUAUUGGUUCAUUUAAUCCUAUGUUAAUAUUCAUCAUAGUGGGUGGCAACUCUAACAGAGUUUGGAGAAGAUCUCAGUGAGUGUAUGUCAGAGUUUUCUAAAUUACAUAUAACCCAUGUCGUAAACGCAUCUACACAUUUUCAUAUUGUCCACUUCCAUCAUGGUAUUUCAGGAGCUGCCUGUUGAUCUCCCUGCAUGUUGCCAGGCCUUAUAAACUCUUGUCACACUCAGCAUUCUUCCAGGGUACACUGGAAGUCAUUGCAGUUGUGGAAUGUUUUGCCUCCUGCACCAGCAAGUUCUCUGCCUCCCUGAAAGAACCCACAUUCCCACAGGACACUCAAAGGAAAAAUAUAGACGUUUCUGUUAACAGGUUGUGUUCAGCAUUGGCCUGAAGCUAUUUUUCUUCACAGUUGAAAGAUGUCUCUUUGCUCUUCCAUAGCAUCUUUUGCUUCUAUUGCCAAAUAAAGGUCAUUUUUCUUCAGUCUUA